AUGUACCGUAAGGUAGAGUACGCGAAAAACAUCAUGACGAGGCGAAAAAGUGUGUGUUCGAAGUGGACUUUAGUUUUAUUAGUAGUUAUAGUUUGUCCGUCUGUUUAUUCGCGACCUCAAGAUGAAGUUUCCCCUUCUACAACAAUUACGGCACAGAAUGAAAAAUCAACGAAUGCACCAAUAAGAACGAGUCGUCUAAUAAGCACAGGUUCUGAAGAACGAAAAAAGAAAUACAAACCAAAACCCGCCAAUAGAGUCGAAGAAGAAUCUCACGAUAGAAAGAAACCAGCAAUCAGGAAAGUUAUAACUAAAUGGAGAGACAAAACUAAACUAAACGACUUAAACUUUUCUUAUGAAACUAGUACUUUAGACCCUGAUGUUAAAGGUACAACCAAACUUAUUAGUAAUAGUCUAAAAGAUGAUACGAGCACAGAAAAUUCUAGUGAAAUGAACGCCAAACGAUAUACAAGGCCUCCCAAUGAUAUGUAUGAUAAUCCCUAUUAUGAUGAUAAUAACAACAACAUGAUGUACAAUAAUAACCCAAGACCACAGUAUCAAUACCCGGAUGAAACACAUCACGUUGUGUAUACCCCAAACAUUCAAGUAAUUAAUACUCCACGCCCUCGUCCCACGAGACCUCCAUAUUAUCACACAAACAUUCCAACACCCACACCAAUAAUAACAAACUUAGGCUACCCAAAACCAUGGACUCAACAGGUGACCCGUAAAACAACAACACAAAGGCCAUAUUACAAUACACGACCAACAAAUUACGAAUACAAUAAUCAUGUUCAAAAUUAUGGUGGAAAUAAUUAUGAAGUGUCCACAUUUGAACCAACUAAUUCUUAUACAGAUAGAAUUGUUAUAAGACCAGAAGAAUACAGUCCACAUGCUGAAGAUUGUCCCACUAUUUACCUAACUUUAAAUAAUACCUUUCAAGGUCAGGCUAAAGAAGCUUGCCCUGACUUAAACAUUGCAGUAAACACGAAUGUUAUUAAUAAGAAUGUUGUUAUAGAAUCAGAGGAGGAGAGCGAUAGUUUGUUUCCCGGAGGCUUUGGUUUAGGUUUAGGUGACGAUUCAGGUACCGAUUCUUCGAAAGAUGAAGAUUAUUUCGAGUCUGAUGAGAACCAAGACGGUAAUGCUGAGAGUGCUUCAGUUGAAGGAACAGAACUAGCAAAUUAUCACUCUGCAAAUAGUGUCAUCAAGCCAGAAUCUUCUGAAUCAAGCUUUGGAGCUGCUUCAUCACCAAGUUCUGCUAUUAUUGCACCAGGUGGUGGAGGAGAUUCUGAUGAUGACAUAUUUAGUUUUUCAUCAGUAGUGGAUUUCUUUCGACCAGCUUUAGAUGCCUUAGGUUGGACACAUCAGACUAAUGCCGACGCAGCUCAGACUCGUCAGACAGCCACACCAAUUCCUGAGAGCUCUUCCCGAGAUGUCAAGACAAAGACACCAAUUCGAGAAUCCAUGGAAAUGGUCGCCAUUCAACUUCUCGACAAACCCAAUACUACAGCUGAGACCCCAGUUAUAGCUGACACCAGAAUACCACCCAAACUAAAGACACAAGUCAAACAUAGAAUAAAAACGAGAAAUGAAAAUGGCGAAGAAUUCGAAAAUGCUCACCCUGGCGUUGCAGUUCCUGUCACAAUCGAAGAAUUGGAUACAGAGAACAAAAUAAACGAGCCUAGUGAAUCUUCGACGUCCAAUGAAGGUAUUUCCACUUGGAUCUCAUUGAGUAAUUCAGCCAAGGACAACGUUACUACUGAGUCACCUAAAGUAGAAGAAAUCACGAAGAAACCUAAGCCUACUGUUUCAAAGAACAAACCUAAACGUCCUCAGAAUAAUAAAAUAGCUAAGCGUCCUAUUAUUGGCAGUACAAACAAAGCUGACUUGGUUGCCAGUGGAUCAGCUAUCAACGAGAAUGUCUACAAUAAAAUCAAGGAUACCGUGUUGUCUAAUGUACAGAAAAAUAAGAAUACUUCAAUUCGUCCGGCCACAACAACUACAACCACAACGACAACUACUACAACCACUACUGAAGCACCAACAACGAAAAAGGAAACUAAAAUUCCUAUUGUAACACCAGUAAUAACAGUGACCUCAAAGCCCAAGAAGAAAAACAAGAACAAACAGAAAACUACCACUACCUUAGCACCUGCCGUUAUCAGUGACUCCGCAUUACUUCCUACAGAAGCUAAAGAACAAGAAAUUGAAUUAGAAGUAAGCACGCCAGCAGCUACGACGAAGAAACCUAAAAGAAGUUCAACUAGGAAGAAGAACAAGACUAAGAAACGCAAAACCUCGACAUCAAAACCCAGUACUGAAGUCGCUAUUUCCGACGUCAAAACAUCAAACAAAACUAAAUCAAAUAAGAAUGCUAAAAAACCGGCAGCAGCACCAACUGGAGCUAUCACAACACAAAUCUACAAUUACUUGUCUAGAGAGGUAAUGCCAUCUGUGGGAGUAGGUAUGUUGGGUCUGGCUAGUUUAGUUGGAAUAGCUGGUUACUUCUUAUAUCCAUUUGCAACUCCAGUACGCAGAACAUUUGAAGUAGACAAGAAUGAUGACAUUUACAGAAACAACGCUGAGGAAUACGCAAAUGAUGGCAAUGGACAAGCCGAAGAAGAAAUGCUGGGAACUGUCUUAGCUGGAAUGCCAGCCCACGCCAAACAAAAGUUGAACCCCUAUGCUGGACAAACUGCAUACACAAGUCGUUAUCCAGUGAAAAAGGAACAAGACAUUAGGUAUAGACAAGUUGCCACUGGCUACAAACCUAACCCUAAUUAUGGUAAAGUACAUUACGCUCAACAAAAAACAGGAAUAGCUCAUGCUGCGGUAUACUCAAAGCCACUUAGUUAUAGUCCUCAUUAUGAAACUAGACACUCGUAUACAACAGAGGGAAAAUAUAAUUAUGAGAAACCACAGCAACCAAACUAUACUCCAUACCCAGCCGUAGAACCUAUAUAUGCUGCACCACAAACUGGCCCCACAGGCGUUUCAGCUUAUGGGAAUGAAAAUUCCAACUCAGUUGUCUACGGUGUAAAACCAGGAGCUGAAUCUGAUUUCAAACCUGUCUACCCAUUCGAAGGUCAGUUUUUCAGCGAAACUACUAGUAGUUCAGUGACUUAUCCUCCAACUUCUAUGUACUUAGGAUCUAAUAACGAUGCAGAAAAUCCGGAAGAAAAAUAUGACGACAAUACAAGUGGCAGUGAAACUAAUUCUGAAUCAUCUAACGAGAACAAAUUCGUAGUUGGAAAUGUUCCUAAGGAACUAGUAGACUCAGCUACACCUGCAGUUGUACCAGAACAUGGUCCUAGAAAUCUAAGAAAAAAACGUAGUAUUUCAGGUUCACUGGAAGAGCUGUUAGCAGAGAAAGGGAACAGAGACGUCUUCAUUAGUAAUGAGAUUGAUGACAUUUACAAUAUUAAUAACCCUGUCCGAAACCUUGCUGCUAAUGAUGUAGAUGACACCACAGUCUUUCCUAAAGAUGUCACCGAAGUUUUUGCUGUAUCAGACUCCGAAAAAGACAGUAAACUAAAUGAAGCUACUACUGAUAAGAUCGAGAUUGUUGAGAGUGUGUCAACUAUUCCAGUGAAUAGUAAAAAUGACAAAACAACAGAGCCAGAUAUGCCUAAUGAAAUGGAAACCACAACCAAAACGUUUAAAGUAUAUGAAGUAUUUCCAUCAAGCAAUACUGAAGUAACUGAACGCAACAGUCCUAUAAACUCACCUACAACAACUGUCCAAAGCAUGAUGACUGAGACCACAACAGAUUUGAAAUCUGAAACAACAUCAACUAUGCCCACAGUUCCAGUUUCAACUGACAAGCCAGCGACUACUUCAAGACCGUGGAAUGACCCAGAAAUUGUUACUUAUCCACCUUUAAACCAACAAGGUGGAUUUUUAAAUUUCCUACAAAGAUUAGUAGAUUUUAAGUUCAGACUUGGUCUUGGCAUAUUACAGACAACAGUAGAUGCUUUAAAUAGAUUUAGGGACGAUACUAUGCAAAAAGUAACAAACGCUUCUCGUACUCACAAUGGGUAGUAUAAUAAGUCUAGGAUUGUGCACCGUUGAUGAGAUUUAAUAUCAAUGUAAUUUUUUUGUCAUUCGAAGUGAUUUUUGAUAUUUUUAUAGCAGUUAUUUUGAAUGGUAGAAAAAUGGUUUAUGCAAUUAGUUAUGUAUAGUAAAUAUAAGUUUAAAAAAAUGUGUACUUAUAUUUUUACAAUUCGUAUCAAUGCUAAGUUUUAGACUGAUAAAUACUCAUUUAUUUGUAUGUAAAAAUACAAACGUAGGGUUCGUUUACUCGUUCAUUCAACUGAAAACAUUUUCUAUAUUGCAUUUAUUUAUGAAAAAAAUCAAAACACUUAUUUAAGGUUACUUAUUUUUAAGAUAAAGUAUAAGUACAGGGAAUUAUAUAAUAUAAUAUUCUGAUUAUUUUCUAUAUAAUAUAAACCUAUAUAAGAUUAU